AUGAGCACCUUCCUCUCGACCUCCUCCGCCGUGGCAAGCGGCGAUGUCGACAUCGACACGCUGGUCGUUCGACUGUAUGCGCAGUUUCUCGAUAGCACGGAUCUCUCGGUCAACUACCGCGACCUGGUCGCCCAGAUGAUCAACAAGCGCCAAACUCGGCUGAUUGUAAAUAUUGACGAUCUGCGCGCCUUCAACGCGGCCGAGGCCAAGAUCCUCCUGAAAAACCCGUCCCUUCGUUUGAUUGCCUUCGAGCAGGCCCUGCGUGAAAUGGUCGAGUCCAUCAACCAUCUGUACGCGCGCGAGACCGAGGGCCAGUUGCGCAUCGGCAUCACCGGGCCACUUGGGGCGCACUCGCUCAACCCUCGGAUGCUGGCCGCGCACUACCUCGGUAGUCUAGUCAGUAUCGAGGGGAUUGUCACUCGCUGGGAGUCCCGUGGGUUUGGAGGAGCCAGCGACCCCUUCAGUGGGUCGCCGGGCCAUCUCAUUGCCCGUAUGCCUGGUGCCGAGCGUCGGGCGGCGCCCAGGGGGACGAACUCCGGGGGCUGUCGUCGGUGUAAGAUGGCCCCCCCUGUCUGA